AUGCAAAGGGUUGUCGACUUUGCUCGUCCAGGUGUUGCUUUUACAACCGUACAGCAUGCUUUUCGACGAGUUACACAUCCUAUGCAAUUAAAGCGAUUUCGAGAAUAUGUUGCAAAUAACGGAAACCGU